AUGGUUCCGGCGAACCUGUCCCACAGCAGGAGGCUUGCGGAAAAGGCGGCGACUGAGGAGUUUAAAAACGCCCCAUCCGCAAGCCUUCCCAGCGAGGUGUUCGAUGCUAUCAAUAGCAUCAAUUUGGUCGCGGAUAAGUCCACGAACCUGAAAGGCGAACAUCGAGGCCUAUUGAAUAAGGGUGCGGCCCGCAUCAAGGCUGCGGUGACAGCUCUUGUCGAAAGGUAUGAGGCCCCGGAGGUGGACUUGACAAGAGAUGUAGAAAUGGAAUCUCUAAGAGAGCGAUUAACGGUUCAGGAAAAAGAGAUGGAGACCUUGCGACGUGAGAGGGCACAAAUAGAGCAGGCGCGACACGAAGAACGGACUCAAAACGAGUCCCUUCAAAAGGAACUGCGUGAGCUCCGCUCUGAAAUAGAACGUCUCAAGUCGCAACGGGCUCCUGAGGAACGCGUACAUCCACCGUCAACGUCUAGGUCGAGGCCAGCUUUCGACAGGGAGGCAAGAGGCCUCUCCCACCGGCGUUUACCACAUCGUCGGAGGUCGAGGACGAAGAUAUAG